GGUUGCUGGUGGUAUAAUUUGGUUUCGCUUUCAUUGCCUCAAAAGUCUUUUAAUUGACGAGCCACGAAAUAGCUUUUUUGGCGGAAAAUGUCGCAUUCCGAUAGUUCUAGCCAUCGCCAUUCGGAUCGUGCUACUCAGUACUCGAUAUACACGGACAGGGAACAUGUUAAAGUUGCCGAGAUGAAAGGAGAUGGCUCCGAGAUACUCGGAACUAUCGGCCAAUUUUGUGAGGCUAUGUACCACGUUAAAUCGAAUUACAAUCUGAAUGAUCAAGAGAGAUCUGUGAAAGACGGCUGCCUUGGUUCGGAACAGUGUAGCCUUGGAAGAUAUGAAUACCCUAAGACGGCUGUUGCUUUGGUGAUGUUUCAGAAGAAAAAUGCUUCCUCCAAAGAAUGGGAAACUAAAUCUGUCCGUAGAUAUACGAACUGUUACGAUGAUGGGAAGCAUGCCGAGGACUUUUUCCUGUCAGACAUAAUAAAAAACCCUUUGGAAGAUGGAGAGUGGCGACUCACGAUGUAUAUAACUAUGCAGCCGUGUAACAAGUCGACCGGUAAAACUCGGGGGACACCGGAUGAUCACAGCUGCUGCAAAACCAUAUUAGAGGCAAAGGACGAACUCAAUCGCAAUUGCAAGGUUGAGCUAAUCAUAAAGCCAGCACAUCUUAUGCAGGCAGGGUGGAAAAAGAAUGAAGACUCUUGGGAUGAUAAAAUCAACAAUGCAGAGGAAGGAGUCAAGUUACUCAUGAAAGAAGGCAUAAAGCUCGAAGGCUUAAAAAAACCCGAUUGGGACUAUCUUCAGCAGCACAUCAGUGACCCUAAGCUUCCCCAGUAUGAAGGCAGUGGAAGGGAAACACUUGAUGAAGAUAUUGAAACAUUCUUCGCUCGCAUCCGCACGGCUGUUAAGAGCGAGGCUAAGAGCGAGGCUGACCUCGCUCAAUUGGUGGCAAGACUAAAUGUACAGGAUAACUGAGUCACUACAGCAAAUCGAAUGCCAGUAAAGAUGACGAUGACCUCGAUCAACAGAUGACAGAACUCAGAUUUUAGACCACACAGGCUUACAAACAGCGCAUUCAAUUUCUAGUCAAUCUCAGUACCUAGCUCGAAUAUUUCCACUAUGGAUCACCUCCGGUAAUUGUCUUAUACCCUAGAAUAAAGGUCACAAUAAACUCUCAUUGCUUUGU